AUGAUCGUGCGGUGUUGCAAGUCCUUCAUCAUCAUCAACAGGGAGCUCUACAAACGCAGCGUGUUGGGUGUCUUCCAGCGCUGCGUACAACCAGAGGAAGGGCGCAACAUCCUCUAUGACAUACACGACGGUGAGUGCGGACAUCACGCUAGCGCUCGCUCACUUGUCGCCAAUGCCUUCCGCCACGGCUUUUACUGGCUCUCCGCGCAUGCCGAUGCAGUCAAGAUCAUCCGCGCCUGUGCUGGGUGCCAGAAGUAUGCGAACCAGUCACACCUCCCCGGGUACACCCACCUCCUAGUCGCCGUCAACAAGUUCACGAAGUGGGUCGAGGCUAAGUCCAUCAAGAAGUGCGACGGGAAGACCACCACAAAGUUUCUGCGCGAGCUCAUCUAUCGAUAUGGUUUCCCGCACUGCAUCAUUACCGACAACGGCACUAACUUUGCAAUGGGCGAGAUGGCAGAAUUUUGUGAAGACAAAGGGAUCCGACUCGACCUCGCUUCAGUCGCCCAUCCCGAGUCGAAUGGCCAAGCAGAGCGAGCAAACCAGAGCAUCCUUCAUGGCUUCAAGCCGCGACUGCAAGUGCCCUUAGAGUGA